GACGAGCUCGAGCCGCCCUAGCAACAGCGUCCAGAGCGCCGCUGCACUUCAACGGUACCACUGUCCUUUAAACUAACGAACUCUUUGACCGCUAGCAAAAACAGCAAGUAUGAAGGGACAGACGCGUUUUCUCCUCUGGCUGCAACUUUUUUCAGCUUGUCUGGUGUUUGGGGUGAACGGUGAUUUCUGUGAGGUGAACGUCUGCAGUAACGGUGGAACCUGUGUGACCGGGGCAGGGUCUCCAUUCAUCUGCAUCUGCCCUGAUGGCUUCUCUGGAGAAACCUGCAAUGAGACUGAGACUGGACCUUGCAACCCCAACCCAUGUAAGAAUGAUGCAAUCUGUGAGGUGACGGGCCACUCACGCCGAGGUGAUGUCUUCAGCGAGUAUGUCUGCAAAUGCCAGCCUGGCUUUGAUGGAGUUCACUGCCAGAACAGUGUCCAAGGGGCAGAUUUAAAUUCGAAAAAAGAUGUAAAUGACUGUGCCGGACAGCCAUGUGAGAACGGUGGUACCUGCAGAGACCUGGAUGGAGAUUUCAAAUGCCACUGCCCUUCCCCUUAUGUAGGAAAACACUGCCAACUUCGCUGUAUUUCUCUGCUUGGCAUGGAGGGAGGGGGCAUCGCCGAGUCCCAUAUCUCAGCUUCAUCAGUCCGCUACAGCCUGCUGGGCCUGCAGCGCUGGGGCCCUGAGCUCGCUCGCCUCCACAACAAGGGACUGGUUAACGCUUGGAGUGCAGCUGCACAUGACAAGAACCCAUGGAUAGAAAUCAACAUGCAAAGAAAGAUGCGCUUCACAGGUAUUGUGACGCAGGGCGCCAGUCGCAUGGGCACAGCUGAAUUCAUCAAGGCCUUCAAGGUGGCCUCAAGCCUGGAUGGCAGAACAUAUACCAUCUACAGAACAGAUGGACAGAGAAAAGACAAUGUUUUUGUGGGGAACAUGGACAAUGAUGGUACCAAGACCAACCUCUUUGAGCCCCCAAUCAUUGCCCAGUACAUUCGCAUUAUUCCUGUUGUGUGCCGUAAGGCUUGCACCCUGCGCAUGGAGCUGGUGGGCUGUGAACUCAACGUAUAUUCAAACACUUCAGGUUGUUCAGAGCCAAUGGGCAUGAAGUCCAGAUUGGUGUCUGAUCGUCAGAUUACGGCAUCCAGCACCUUCCGCACCUGGGGUAUUGAGGCCUUCACCUGGCACCCUCACUACGCCCGGCUGGACAAACAGGGCAAGACGAAUGCCUGGACUGCUGCCACCAACAACCGAUCUGAGUGGCUACAGGUGGACCUUGGGUCUACCAAGAAGAUCACAGGAAUCAUCACACAAGGAGCCAAAGACUUUGGCUCUGUCCAGUUUGUCACAGCCUUCAAAGUGGCCCACAGUGAUGAUGGACAGACCUGGACCAUAGUCAAGGAUGAGACCACAAAGACAGAUAAGAUUUUCCCAGGGAAUAGCGACAACAAUGUUCACAAAAAGAACAUCUUUGAGCCGCCGUUCUACAGCCGAUAUGUCCGCAUCCUGCCGUGGGAGUGGCAUGACCACAUCACCCUGCGAAUGGAGCUUCUGGGCUGUGAUGAGUAGUGCUGCCCGACGUCCACCUCCCCCUACCUCCUUUUGUCUACCUCCUUCCCCUGUGUCUGCUUUCUUCCCCCUUCCAUCCCUCCUUUCUUUCUCCCUCCUGAGCCACACCUGCACUGCCUUGCUCUCAGCACUAGGGGGCAGCAAAUACCAGAGUAGCACACCACGACCUAAACCCUGGCUGGCCGGAGGUGGGAGUUGUUACCCCUAACCACUGUUACCAGAAGCUCAGCGGUGCCCUCUCUUUUUGUUUCCUGAAUUGAUCACUCAUCUUUUCCACCUGAACCAAAUCUGGGAUCAUUUCAGGAAGCAGCUCUGAGGACAUCUCUGAUCCCAUCUGAUUGCAAAAGAAAAGGUAUUGCGUCUGUCAUCCCUGCGUCUGAGGUCAGGGGUAACACGACUGCUGCUGUACCAGUUGGUGCUACCUGGACUCUGAUCUUAGAUCAGUUCUUUGUGGAACACUGAACCUCUAAGACCCACAGCUGGUGAUGUACAUAAGCUCCAUGAAACAGCUUGCACGUGUCCUUUAAAUGAACACUUGAGAGCCCCUCAAGACACACAGAAUAUAUAUUAUCUUUAGAAGGUACACUGAGAUUUAUGGUUGAUUAUCUUCAUCAAAACUCAACUCUUGACAACUAAUAAUUAAUAUAUGAUUAACAGAUUGGCAAGUAACCUGAACUUUGUGGUGUAAUUUCAUUGAGAAAAAUUAGCAAGGAAUUUACUAUUUUAUUUUGCUGGACGAGAAACGUGAGACUAAAAAUCUCAAGAUGUCCCAUGUUUGUGUUACAGUAUUUCAGUAUUUCUCUCCAGUGAUUUGAACAGUCAAGUUUUUAGUUUGUUACCGUUUGUUCAAUUUUUGGGCUGGUUUAAGAGGUUUAAUAUCCAAGGUCUAAACAUAGUAUAGCAGCCAGUAACAGAAGACUGCAAAUCCUUCAUAUAAACUCGUUUUUACUGCAUCUGUGUAUAAAAGUAGAUUCCUGAUUUGGAUGCUUCAAAUAAAGGUACAGUCAUCACAUUAUUUUUUUGCCAGCACAUCCUCAGGUUGUUGUAUCUCUGGGUUUAUUUACAAAAAUCUAGCAUAUAGUGCACUGGUGCUGACAUAAAGAGGAAUGAAAUGUGUCCAAAGUCUCCAUCAUUAUGAACCUUUAGAUUCAGUUUGUGAUGUAAAAGCCUGAGGAAACACCCAGGACGAUAUGUUUUAAACAAAAGAUAAAGAGUUAAAGGUAAUUAAGAGAUAAUUGUUGCAUGAAAGAAAAAAAAUUGACACUUCACUCUUUAUUUGGAAAUAGGUGUUACACAUGCUGCAGUCAGAUGAAAAAACCCAGUCUUAGAUCAUUCAGAAAAGGAUUUCACCUUUGAUAGCGAUUAUUUUAGUCUGCAGUUAUUGCAGUUAUUCAUAUGUUAUUAGCUACAGCAGAUAUAUGUGUUAUUUUCAUAAAUAAAUCACAUUUAUAAUCAGCUUAUAAAAAUCUCAGAUCUGGAUCCUUCUCUGGGCACAAAUCAUUUUUUAACCUAUUGAUAGCUAUCAGUAUAUUAAACAUUGAACUCAUGUUUUACUGGAUUAAUAAUGUUAAAUAGUAAUAAAUUAAAAAUUUGUAUGUAUUACCAGAUGCAAGCUUUAAACUAAAUGGAUGUCAUCUCAGGUCAAAGCAGCUCUGCUCCUAAUGCUACUGAACGCUCCUCUUUCUCCCACUCAAUUGGCUGUACUUCUAGUCGUGUUCACUCAG